CCCAUCCCUACGGACUCCGCAAUUUGUGCUUCCUCCCCCGGGAACUCUGGCCACGUGUCCCGGGCCAGCGUUUGAACCGUCCCGCCAAUUACCCGGCGCGCUCCGCGCCGCGCACGCGCAUUCCAUUGUUUUGACUAAAAAUGCCGUCGGUUUCGAAAGCUGCGCCGAGCGCUUCUCCUCAGACCGAGAAACCGUCUCACUACACGUACCUUAAGGAGUUCCGCACGGAGCAAUGCCCGCUCUUCUUGCAGCACAAGUGCGCCCAACACAGGCCCUUCACCUGCUUCCACUGGCAUUUCCUGAACCAGCGACGGCGGAGGCCCAUCAGGAGGCGGGACGGCACCUUCAACUACAGCCCGGACGUGUAUUGCACCAAAUACGACGAGACGACGGGGAUCUGCCCGGACGGAGACGAGUGUCCAUAUCUCCAUCGAACAACUGGGGACACAGAAAGAAAGUAUCAUCUACGUUAUUAUAAGACCGGUACAUGCAUCCAUGAAACAGAUGCUCGUGGGCACUGUGUGAAGAAUGGACUUCAUUGUGCAUUUGCUCAUGGACCACAUGACCUUCGCCCUCCAGUGUAUGACAUAAGGGAACUCCAGGCACAAGAAGCAUUGCAGAAUGGCCAGCUCGGAGCAGGGGAAGGCCUUCCUGAUCUCCAGCCAGGUGUGCUGGCGAGUCAAGCCAUGAUAGAGAAAACACUAUCUGAAGAUCCAAGAUGGCAGGAAACAAACUUUGUGCUAGCAAAUUACAAGACUGAUCAGUGUAAUAAACCACCUCGACUCUGCCGACAAGGAUAUGCUUGUCCUCAUUAUCACAAUAGCCGAGACCGAAGAAGGAAUCCGAGAAAAUUUAAAUAUCGGUCAACUCCUUGUCCUAAUGUCAAACAUGGGGAUGAAUGGGGAGAACCCACAAAAUGUGAGAGUGGAGAUAAUUGUCAGUAUUGUCACUCUCGUACUGAGCAGCAGUUCCAUCCAGAGAUCUACAAAUCUACAAAAUGCAAUGAUAUGCGACAGACAGGAUAUUGCCCUCGUGGGCCUUUCUGUGCAUUUGCACAUGUUGAACGGAUACCCUCUACUGAGGAAGUGCAAAUCAUGAAUCAGGUAGCCUCAAUGAUGCAGGCAGGAGCUGUGGCAGGUGCUCAGCCCAAGCAAGGCCCUCGACUUUAUUCUACAGAAAGUCUUGGAUCUACUAAUGAAUGGAGCACGAGUAUUAAUGCAGCCAGCAAUAAUGGACAGAUAGGAAAUGUUUCAUCAUCAAGCAGCCCAACGGUUACUUCAAGUUCAGGUAGUAACAGUUCACUGUAUCCUGUUGGACCAAUAAGUAGGUGCAAAUAUUUUACUAACAGUAGUUUAUGUUCAGAUGCUGCGACAUCCAGUGUUUCGUCACCAACAUCUACGUAUCCAAAAGCACCGGGCUUUGAACGGGAAGAUCAGGCAAAACAACAUAAGAACCAAACACUAGAGAAUAACCAGAAAUUAAAUGAACAUGAUAGUAAACAGAACCUUUUAAAUGUAUUUUCAGUGGUAAAUCCACUAACAUCCAGUAUAACAUCGAGUUUGGCAUCUAGUAUUGGAUCUGAUACUUCAUCUCCCUCCACUUUGUCAACAAUGAAUGCCAAAGCAGUUCCAUUUUAUCCUGCUAGCAAUACAGUGGAAUCAGUAAUUGGUUCUGCUUUAGAUCUUCAUUUUGGUGACGUAAAUGUUGCAUCUCUUGAUAAAGAAUUAGAGGAUCAAGAUACUGGUGACAUAGGAUUAAAAGGUCAGAGACUAUUGGGCAGUUCGGCUCCUGUAAAUAUUCCUGGAUCUCUUGCUCGUUCUUCAUCUUUGCAUUCUUCUUCCUCCUUAUCUGCCUCUCCACUUGGUUCCCUUUCCCAGUCUUUUCUUUCAUCCAGCAUGGCUCCACAGCAGCAGUCUCAGCAGCAAUCAAAAUCUGAGCAUACUCUCCUGGGUACUUCAGCUUCUUCUCACAGUUCCUUGGGUUUGAAUGGUGUUUCUGGAAGCAUCUGGGAUCACUUUGUUAGUGGUAACUUCUCUCCCAGUCCAUCCCCUGUAUUCAGUAGUAGUGCCACAACCACUACUGCUGGCUCUAACAACAGUGAGCUCACCAGAGUGCGGAGAGAACUUGAGGAGGCAAAACGGAAGAUCAAACAGUGGGAAGACUCUUGGCAACAAGUGAAGCAGGCAUGUGACGCAUGGCAAAAGGAAGCUCAGGAGGCCAAAGAAAGGGCAAAAGUGGCUGAUACCGACCGGCAAGUAGUAAUACAACAGAAGGAAGAAGUAGAUAAACAGCUAAAAAAGCUUCAGGAGGAUUUUGAUGCUUUAUGUCGUUCUCCAAACUUUCCCCUUCUUAGAAACUAUGGGGAUAUAGACAAGCUUCCUUUACCAAAGCUUCAUUCUAUACAAAGCCAAUUGCGUGCAGAUUUGGACCUUGUAGAUGGGGUAAUAUAUCAGCUCCAGUCGAAGAAAUGCAUUGUAUGCCAGGAACGUGACCGUUCUAUAUUACUCCAGCCUUGCCAGCAUUAUGUCCUCUGUGAGCACUGUGCACCUAACAAAAUUGAAUGUCCCUAUUGUAAAACUAAAGUAAUGAACUGGUGAUGAAUAUAUUCUAGGUACAGGGACUAGCCUUUUGAAGAACGACUACACUAUUCUAACAAAUCAAAGCUGUAGUGCCCCCCUCAUGUCGGAAAUAUUUUAAAUUACGCAGUGAGUACAUCCUACCCUACAAAAUACAGCAUUUGUUUCUGUAUUUAUUUACUAAUUUUUAAAAUACAUAUAAGCUCUUCUUUUUUCCCCCGGGAAAACUUGCAAUAUGCAUCUUGGUAAACCAGUUAUUCACAGUAACUUCUUUGGUAUUUUCUUGAGCACAGUUUGCUUUAGUCUGACCGAUGUGCUUUAUAGACAGUGUUGCUGCGUUUCCAUCACUUCUGAGUUUACAACUGGACCCUUACCGCAUGCAUUCAGAAAUGAAAUUGAAGUAAACUCUAGGCACUUCAGAUAACAAGUUCUAGUGUAGGAUCGACUUGCUGUGUAUUUCCAAUGAAUACUGCAUGCAGAGCACUGCAGCUUUAGCAUUUUUAUGUUCUAGUAUUUUACAUAUAAAAUUUAAAAAGGAAAAAAAAGACUAGGUUAUGUGAAGAGGUUUAAUUUCCCGUAAAGCACUUUGUUAACCUGGGUUUUUUUUUCAUUUAGAGGAUAUAAUAAAUUGCUUUCAAGCUGCUUUGUAGUUUUUUUUUCAGAACAUGUGAUGAUAUAAAGCUUUGUAUGUGUACUGUGAAACCUAUUAAUAGAUAUUUGGUAUUCCAAUUCUUACUGUUAAAUCAUAGUACAGUGAACAUUGUUAGAUUUCCUAUUCUAAUUAAGUACAAUUAUAAAUAUUAGUACUGUGCAACUUGCUAGGAUUUUUACAUUUUUCAAUUUAUAAAUUAAAUGCAAACUUUUAAUGCUUAAGAGGAUAACCAGCAGCAAUUUCAUAAAGGCACAUAUGCUAAAUAAAGCAAACAAAUAGUCUGAAGAGAAGUUUGCUAUUUUAUAUAACAAAACGAACCAGUCUUUUUUUUUGUUUUUUUUCUCCAAAGUGAGCUGCAUUGACCAGCUUGUGGUUGGAGAUUUUUUAGCUAGCAUCAUGAAAGUUUUUAAUGAGUUGUUUUUUUCCUCCUUUGUUGGUGCAACUCCUAGCCUUUUAAGUAUUUUAAAUUACUAUCUAAUUUCUGGCCACUGUUACCAAGUGCCUUCUGCCUUGCCUAAAUCUAAAUUGCAAUGACAACUUUUGUCAGACAGGCAAAGGUACUUUGAAGUGAGAUCUUUGCACUGAUUAUAUAUACACACAUUUAUAUUUAAAUAUAUAAUUAAUGCGAAACCACAGACCAGCUUUCUCUUAACUGAAAAGAGGUAAGGUGCAUAACAUUCAGGAUGAAACCAUACUGAUUGUGGAUGUUGUAAUUUCCACCACUUCUUGUUCUGUCUGAUUUUUUGAGUAUACUUAUUACUGGGGGGGCUAAGACCUGUCCUCUUUUACAUUGGUCACUUCGAUUGAACAGCAUUGUAUGUACAAGUUAUAAUUAAGAAUGAAAAAACUGACCUAUUACUGUGUUGAUUUAAAUUAUUUGUCUUCACUUCUUGUCAUUCUGUAUUAGAAGUCCAUUAAUAAUAUUGCCAACAAAGUGUUGAACUGCUGAUUAGUGAUGUUCAAAGAAACUGGUGUAGUGAAGUGUAUUUGGUAUCAUGAGUGAAAGGAUCAUGAAGUGUUGUCAUUAACCAAUUGUGUGCAGACCUCUGUCAUAGAGUCAUAGAUCAAAACAGCACGAAUACAGGCCCUUCAGCCCAACAAGUCCAUGUCGACCAUGGUGAUUUUAAAUUUGAGACCUCUGUAAUUUUAAAAUUUGAGACCUGAGUAUUGCUUAGCCUCGUGUGAAAAUGUAGGGAAGUGCAGGUCCUUAUUGGAACAUCUUUGAGACAACUUACUGAAGGAGUACCAUAUGAAAUGGAAAAAGUCCAGUUCAGAGUAGAAGCUAAUUAUAGUCAUGGAAAUUGAUGUCACAACCAACCUUGCAUCAGAACAGCUUGUUGGUUUAGAAGAAAUCUGAACUAAGGGAGAAGUUGAACCAAAUUUUGAAGUGUUUACAGUAACAUGUAAUCAGGGCAACUUUGAAAUUCCCAUUUGUCUAUAUAUAAUUAAUAGAUUUAUGAGAAGUCUUUAAAUUAUAUAAAUGUCCAUGAUAUUUUAAAUAUUAGAUCAAUUUAUCCAAGCCAAAACCUCACAAGCAGCCAGAACUAAUGUCCUAUUUAAAUGUUCCUUUUCAGACUUGUAUUUAAGUUUGCUUCUUUCAAGGGUGGGUCCAUUAUUGAUUGAAAGUCUAAAUGACUAUAACACUGUAUAGUACAGUGAACUAAAUGCAGUGGUUAAGGACCAACUUCAUAGCGCAUGAAACACACUGCCAUUGACCUUUGAAUGCAUUUAUAAGUAUUCAUUAAACUGAGCAACUUGUGUCCUGGUACGCUGUGGAUUUAGAGACUGUUUUAAUCAUGUCAUUGGGUGGAUAAUUCAGGUUUGAAUUUUCUUCCCUGAUCAAACUUUGUAUGCUUGUCAAUGUUAAUUUUGCAACUGAGUGGAAAUUGCUUCUAGACUAAUAUAAAUUUACCAUGUGAAAUUCAUUUAUAGCCCCACCUACCAAAACCUCUGUCUCCCCAUAACGUCCGUAAGACAGGUAUUGCUGAACUGUGUGCACAAACCAAACAAGCAUUUGGCACUUUGGUGAAGUGUUAUAAUGGACUUCUGGAUCACAUGUAGUCUUUGCCAAAGAACUUUUCUGUAUAGCAGUUUAUUAUCUGUAGUUUUAACAAGACAUGUAUAUACUAAACGGUAGCUCGUUAUAGGCAGAAUUGCUGAAACAGUGACCAAAAUUAGAAAUUUUAAUUCUGUAUUGUGUUCUCAAUAAGGGAAAAAAGAUUCCACUUUUUGUAUAAAAAUGAAGCUUAUUACAUGAAAUGCUCUUUGAUCACAGACUGCUAACAUUUCUUUAAAAGAAUGUGGAUUGUGUGGAGUUCUGCAGCUAUAAAUUGUAUUGGGGGGAAGAAUAGCAACUUUACAUAAGCAGUCCAGAAUUUGAGGUUUACUUUCAUCUAUUCAAGAUUAUUGUGAAGAAAAAUUUUGCUUGGUAUUUGUUUUUUUUCAGAAGAAAUAGUGGCCAUAUGCAUCAAUGCUUAAUUAAAUUGCUUAUAAGAAUUUUGUAGAUUUUUUUGUAUUGAAACAUGUUAAUGGUUAAGCCUAUUACAUAUUAAUGCUUGUGCACUACUGUUGGCAUUCAUGAGGAACUAUGUAACUGAACUCGUUCAUUACUGCAUGUACUGUACUCUGCCAUCAUUGUGAUAGAAAACCAAUGACUUUGAAAAAACAAACACCAUUUAUUUUCACUUUGUGGGCUGGAUGCGCAUCAUUGACUGAUGUGCAUCAUUCACUAUACAUCUAAGUAUUCACUCCCUUUUCAUAAACCUAGCAAUUUGGCCAGCAUAUAGUAAUUGGAAGAAAACAGUAUGGCAGGAAAAUAAGAGUUAAUAUAAAUCAGUAUUAAGAAUUUAUGUUGAAUUUAAAGAUUAUCAGUCAUCUUUAAAUUUGAGAAGGCAAUUUCUUAACAGUUUUCUCCAAGUACUUACCCAUUAGCGGUCUACACCAAAGACUUAUAAAGAUGACAGAAAUGCCAGAUUGAAUAUAGAACAGUACAGCACAAUACUUGCUUGCAGUUUUAUUGCUCUUCUCCCUCUUCACUUGAGCCUUGCAGGUCAGCAUUGGUACAGAAUGACAAUGUUAUGCAUAAUGCCCAGUCAAUUUGCUUAAAAUUUCCUUAAUUGAUAUGUUUUAAAGUUAUGUAAAACUUACAUAAUCCUAGCCCAAGCUAGGAUUAUCAUCCAGAUUUUGUAAAUUUUCAUGAGAUUGCUGUCACUGUUCUAGUUGGAUCCUGUAUGUCCCGCUGCAGAUGUCCUAUCUAACCCUACAUUUUUCUGUUCUUUGCACCCUUGGCAGAGUUGUACCAAAGCUUGUACAUCACUGCAGCAAUGAACAGUUUGAUCACUCAUUUACUGUCUAAAUCUACAUAGCACAGGGGAUCAACAAAGCAGAAUUCAUCUCUUUUAUCUUUUUUCUCUCCUUAAUUUCUGUCACAGUUAUAAAUUAUAAGAUACUUUGGAGAUGUUGAGUGAUCUGGGACUGUGAAAGCCAAGUGUAAACCACUGCCUCACAACACCAGCUGAGCACUUACCCUUCUGAAAACCCCACUACUUAGCAUUAUUUUGACUUUUGUACAACGAGAACCCAAUGAACUCCCAUUUUAAAAAAAAUUGGAAAUGCAGUUACAGUUGCAGAGCAUUUAAUCAGAAACAUGAAGCCUUGAACGCAAAAUAUCCUAAAUAAAGCAGUGAAUUAGUGUUUGAUUCAUUUUCCUUAGUUCCUUCCAUUCACUGAGAGUGAAAUGUAUGUAUUAAAUGCAAGUUUUCUCCUACCUGCAUACUCUGCGCUAGAUGUUAAGUAUGAAAUAUGCACAGAAAUAACCUGUGGAAUAAAUUGUUAGCAUUAAUGGUGCCAAACUGGUAGGAAAGUGUAAAUGGUCAACAAGGAACAUUUUAAAAAGUAACCUACAGUGCCAAAACUGCCUUAAGAGCCACUCAACCAUUAAAUGCCGAAUGCUAUGCCCCCAUCCCCAAGAAACCAGUUGUAUAGGAAAAUUUAUGUCCAAUAAUAUUACAAAAACAUUUCAAAAGAUAAACAUCUGUACAUUGUCUGGUGUGCUUUAUAAUGAACAGACUUGAGUAGAAUUUUAGAUUCAGUCAUUCAAGACUAGGAAGGAGGUACAGUUACAUGCAGUGUGGUAACGAACGAAUUGCUGAAAUUCCCAUAGUGAGUAGCUUGUCAUUUGUUGUACAACAGGGUUGAAAUGAAUCUUUCCCAGGUAUGUGAAGUCACUGAAUGUGUGUUGGUAUACAAACUAUAUCCCCCAUAUAACGGUUAACUGUAGUGCCCAAUAGUUCCAAAAUAGAGUAGAAUUCUGCACCAACUUGACAUAUUUCAAGAGUUGUGAAGUGCACAGCUAGGUACCUAGUGCUUGGAUGGUAGGAUUUGGUGGGAUUGCAUUUUUUCAACCACCACAGACCUAAUGGGCAGAAAGAACUUCUGUGUCAUAAUUUGUUCUAUGAUUCUGUCUCCAUCAGUAAUUUUUUUUAAAAAAAUUGUAACAAUCCACAAUUACAGCUAGUUUAGUGUUAACAAUUCCCAAUCCUAUCCAGUGCCAUUGCCCUAAUAUUUGAUUCAUUAUAUACUGCUCUUUCAUUUGUACCUGGACCUUUUACUACUGGUUAAUUCCAUGUUAAUGAAGAUGAGAGUGGUACAGUUCCUUAUCACACUCUGCCUCCUUAGGAGAAUUCAUUAGCUGUGCUCAUGGUCUUCCCUGAUGGCCCUCAGCAGAAGUGCAGCACUUCAGUACAUGAAUAUACUUGUAUCCUCCCAGUGAGUGAUAUGCUUUAUCGCUCAUCAGUAGGUGUGGUUUAAGGCUCAUUUAUUGUAUUAUGUGCUUCAGUACAGAAAUAACUUGCUGCCAUGUCAAUGAAAGUAUUACAUUCUGUGGCUGUUGCAGUAACAACUAUUUUCUGCAGAGUUUGUAGGAUGAGUUAAGUUGUUAUAUCUAAUCAAGUUUAUAAUGUCCAUACAAAAAAAAUCACUAUGGGCAACAAAAGCAAACAAUAGUUAACCAAUAGUCUGAGACUAACCUUCAUCUUGAACCUGACAAUAAUUAAUCUUAGGGUUUGCAACUUUUUACUGCCAGAAUUUUUCACGGAAACAAAUUGGCUUCAUCAUGUAAUAGCCCAUAAUUGUCAGAUGGUAGAUGUGGUGAGAUGGCCAAUGACAGAGUCUGGGACUAACCUUCAUCUUGAACCUGACAAUAACGCCAUUGAUGUAAAUGUACAGAUUAAAAGUAAUUUCAGUCUUAAGACCUUUACUGCAAAGUUUUAAUUUCUUAAUGGGAUUAGUUUCUAUGUGAACACACUUUCAGAACCUUUAUAUGCAAGUUCCUCAGCCUGGGAAGAGCAAUGAAAUGGGAGGGAAAAAUUCUUAUUUUCUCAGGGUAUAAGGAACAAUCUGUAAACCAUUCUGUAGCAGUCAAGCUGCAUUUAUAGAUCUGUUUAUUUUGGAAGCUCUUUGAAUAGGGAUAAUAUUAUGACCAGGGCAACAGGCAUGAUGGGCUGUUGGAAGAAUCCAGCAGCUAGGUAGUUGUGCUGGUUUCUGUGCACAUCACCACUUCAUAUAAAAUGAAAUACCCAACUGGCCCCUUCGAUUUUUACCCCAAUCAUAAUUGUGUAUGUCUCUUGAAGCAUUUUUUUAAAAUCAGAGGACAUACAAGGCUGACCAGUCUAAAACUUCUUUGCACGGGUAGCAUACAGCUAAACCAGUUAAUAGUUGCUUUGGAUCUGCAACAAACUAAUUUAGCCAUUGUCUUCUCAUGGAAAUUUGACAUUCAAGAAAAUCAUAAGGUGCAAGAAUUCAAUGACAUUACUGGCGAAAAUGUAUUACAUUAGUAACAUAUCCCUGACUCUGUGAUUUAUGUAUUGAUGUGGAAUAGCUCAUAUCUUAACUAGUGUCUAAAUAUUACUGAAAUAUUGUCUUGGUAUAUUAAUUUUUUGUGUGGUCAAAGCAAGACCUUAAUUGAAUAUUAUGGGAAUUUUUUUCAUUUUGUGUAUUAAUUUAUGGAAGCCUGUUGUACGCGGUCUAGGUGAGUGUACACAAACAAUGGCGAUCUGAAUGGAAUGUUCUUAUAGAAGGUAUUUAUAAAUGCAUAAUCAUUUUACUCUAGUUCAUUGUUUAAAUUGUUAACACUUGUUAAGAUUUUUACACUAUAGCAUUUAUGCAGUGGUUUACAGAAUUCAUGGAAUUAUUUUUAUUAUCAAUAUGGGAAUUAAAAUAAUUUUUGAUCCUCAA